UGUCUAGCACACUUCUUUGGCAUUGUGAGACGGAGAGUGUGUGUGUAUGUGUGUGUAAGUGUGUGUGUGUGUGUGUGUGCAAGCAAGAGAGAGAGAGAGAGACUGAGUCCUGUCUGUGGAUCAGAGGCUGGGGCAUGUCACAGUGAGCAGCACCGGAGUUGGGCCAAAAGCUGCUGAGCGAGCGCUAAGUGAGCGGGACGCAGGAUGUCUAAACUCGGGAUGCGUCUGGGCCUCCCCCUGCUCGCGUGCCUGUUGUGCGCCGGCCACUCGGAGGGCUGGCUCUGGUGGGACGAUGGGGAGCAGGACAAACAGACGUCGGCGACGCCUGCCAACGCAAGGCCCCCGCAGCCGCCUGGAAGCGGGCCAGAGACCCAGCGGAGAAAAGAGGAGAGCGGACUGUCCCUGCUGCAGCUUAUCGGGAACCCCCCUCCGUCGGACAUCGAGCUGGCGUACAGCCCCGACAACACGCCGGGCUACGUGUUCGGGCCCAGCUCCAACACGGGCCAGCUGGCGCACGCGCACCUGCCCAACCCCUUCUACCGCGACUUCUCGCUCAUGUUCCACCUGAAGCCCACCACGGCGCGCGGCGGCGUGGUCUUCGCCGUGACCGACGCCACGCAGCAGAUCAUGUACGUGGGCGUGAAGCUGUCGGCGGUGCAGGGCGGCCGCCAGCGGAUCGUCCUCUACUACACGGAGCCCGACUCCACCAGCUCGUACGAGGCGGCCAGCUUCACCGUGCCGUCCAUGCAGGACCGCUGGACGCGCUUCGCCCUCAGCGUCAACCAGGACACGGUGCUGCUCUUCUUCAACUGCGACACGGACCAGCAGGUGGUCAACUUCGAGCGCUCGCCCGACGACAUGGACAUGGAGAACGGCGCCGGCAUCUUCGUGGGGCAGGCCGGCGGGGCCGACCCGGAUAAGUUCCUGGGUGUGAUUGCCGAGCUGAGGGUCGUUGGAGAUCCCCGGGCCGCAGAAUUGCAUUGUGAUGAAGAUGGAGAUGACUCAGAUGCGGCCUCGGGCGAUUACGGAAGUGGACAGGGAGAGAGGAGCUCCACCGUCUCGACUACACCUCCUUCCCUGCGGCCGAUCCAGCCGCCUCCCGUGACAUCACCGAAGGGCGACACUGGCCACAGACACACCGCUGGUGGCUCUGCAGCUGGACCGCACCAGAAGGGAGAGAAGGGGGAGCGAGGAGACUCGGGGCCGAAGGGAGAGAGCGGCUACAGCGGCGGAGGAGGGAGCGGCCGUGCAGAGAAGGGUGCCAAAGGAGACCGGGGCUUGGGAUCACCUGGUCCUAAAGGGGACCGCGGUCCUUCCGGGCCUCCUGGACCUCCUGGACCCCCAGGAGCUGCUGUGGUCAGCUCACGCGACGGGUCAUCGGUCCAAACCGUUCCAGGGCCCAGAGGACCACCUGGGCCAGGCGGAUCACCUGGCCCCGCAGGAACCGACGGUGAACCUGGUGACCCUGGUGAAGACGGCAAAGCUGGGCCUGUGGGACCUCGUGGAUUCCCAGGGACACCGGGAGACACCGGCUCUAAAGGAACCAAGGGUGACCGUGGUGACGGACAGCCAGGCCCCCGUGGACCACCUGGCCCCCCUGGUCCUCCCGGCCCUGGCCUUGGAGGCCGAGACAGACUUACCUACGUGGACUCGGAGGGCUCUGGAUUCCCUGAUUUGGAGAGCGUUCGGGGCCAACCUGGAGUACCUGGACUACCUGGCCCUCCUGGGCCCCCAGGUCCUCCUGGCUAUGGGGGGUCGUCUGGAUCUGGUGCAUCUGGGUCACCCGGAGCCCCUGGUUUACCGGGCCCCACAGGUCCUCCUGGCACAGCAGGACGACCAGGACCAGCAGGCCCCAAGGGAGAUGCGGGUGAAUUGGGACUACCUGGAGCAGUGGGCGAAAAGGGCAACAAGGGUGACGCAGGUACCCCUGGUUCUCCGGGCCAGACUGGACUCGCCGGGCUCCCCGGGCCUAUGGGACCCGUUGGACAACCAGGACUUCCAGGUCCUCCUGGACCCGGCUACCGCGUUGGCUUUGAUGAUAUGGAGGGCUCUGGUGUGGGCGUCUAUCAUGGCGGAACUGGAGUGAGAGGACCUGACGGAGUACAGGGUCCACCUGGUAUUCCUGGCCUUCCGGGCAAGCCUGGCUUCCCUGGUCUCACUGGCCAGAAGGGAAAUGAGGGGUCUCAGGGCAGAGAUGGUCGACCAGGACUGGACGGUUUUCCUGGACCACAGGGACCAAAAGGAGAAAGGGGGGACAGGGGAGAUAGAGGGGAGCCUGGUAGAGACGGCUCUGGUAUUCCUGGACCACCUGGCCCUCCUGGACUUCCAGGGCAGAUUGUCUACUCAUCUGGUGGAAGUUAUGAUGGUGUGGCCGCACAAGGACCUCAGGGUAAUCCUGGACUGCAGGGUCAAGCAGGGUUCCCUGGCCCGAUGGGACCAAAGGGUGAUCGAGGUGACUCAGGCCAGCCAGGAGUCGCAACCAAGGGUGAAAAAGGAGAACCUGGCGCAAUCAUCGGGCCUGAUGGCAAUGCCAUUCACUAUGCUGGCUCGGGCGGACAGAAGGGAGACAUGGGACCUCCUGGACCCGUUGGGCCAGCUGGACCAUAUGGUCCAGAGGGGCCAAAGGGUGAAAUCGGUUUCCCUGGCAGACCAGGCCGUCCUGGUGUCAAUGGCUAUAAAGGAGAAAAAGGUGAUUCAAGCUCAGGAUCUGGAUAUGGCUAUCCUGGUCCCCCUGGCCCUCCUGGCCUCCCCGGCCCCCCUGGUCCCACGGUGUCUGUGGACAGGUUUAAUAGAUAUGAUGAUUCAUCAAGGAACUACCCAGCGGAGAAAGGAGAGAAAGGAGACCGUGGUGAUGCCGGCAUUCCUGGAAGUCCAGCCACUUCCUAUGACACUGACUAUCAUUCAGCGAGGCAGAAAGGAGAGCAAGGAGACACAGGUGGCAAGGGAGAGAAGGGAGAGCCAGGCGGAGGCUACUACGAUCCCCGCUACGGAGGUGGCCAAGGGCACCAGGGACCCCCAGGAAACCCAGGACUUCCAGGUCCAAAGGGAGAUUCCAUCCGAGGACCCCCAGGACCACAGGGGCCAUCAGGGCCCCCAGGAGUCGGCUAUGAUGGUCGCCCAGGUGUGCCUGGCCCCCCUGGACCACCCGGACCCCCAGGAGCUCUCCCUGGAGCUCAUCGACCCUCCAUCAGCAUACCUGGACCUCCUGGUCCUCCUGGGCAACCUGGACAAUCAACUGCUGUGAUCGUUCAGAGGACAUACGAUGUGGUCGGUACUGCAAGGAGAUACCCAGAGGGCACCCUAAUCUUCGACAUGGAAAAGAUCAAUCUCUAUAUCAGAGUCCGAGACGGCAUCCGUCAAGUUCAGCUCGGAGAUUAUCUGCCAUUCUUCACUGGUCUGGACAAUGAGGUAGCGGCUGCCCAGCCUCCUCCAGUGAUCCACUACCCAGACCACGGAGCGGGCAGUGUCACUCGACCCAUCGAGCCACCACCCCAGCAGCCCGCCGAUGUGCCCAGGCGGGAGCCAGAACCAGAGCCGCAACCUGACCCCCGCUACCCAUCUCACCACGAUCCCAGAUACCCCCACAACCCUGACUACAGACAACCCUCACAGCCACACCCGAGAUACCCUCAGCAUCCAGACCCCAGGCAACCCACUCAGCCCGAGAUUAGGCAGCCUGUGACCCCUGUACGCAGGCCUGAGCCCCAGCCUGCCAGACCUGUGGACACUACAGGCCCUGGGCUGCAUCUGAUCGCCCUGAACUCGCCCCAGUCGGGCAACAUGCGGGGAAUCCGUGGGGCCGACUUCCUGUGCUUCCAGCAGGCCCGUGCCGUGGGCCUGACAGGCACCUACAGGGCCUUCCUGUCCUCCAAACUGCAGGACCUCUACAGCAUCGUGCGCAAGUCCGAUAGGGAUACCCUGCCCAUCAAGAACCUUAAGGGCCAAGUGCUGUUCAGCAGCUGGGAGUCUCUCUUCUCGGAGGCCGAGGGCAGGAUGAAGGACAACGCUCCCAUCUACUCCUUUGAUGGCCGAGACAUCCUCAGGGACAGUGCAUGGCCAGAGAAGAUGGUCUGGCAUGGUUCCAGCCCACGGGGCCAGCGUCAGACGGACAACUACUGCGAGACAUGGCGGGCGGGUGACCGGGCAGUGACAGGCCUGGCCUCCUCACUGCAGUCCAGCCAGCUACUCAAUCAGACACCAAACAGCUGCUCUGGCUCCUACAUAGUGCUGUGCAUCGAGAACAGCUACAUCUCACACUCCAAAAAGUAAACAACAACAACGAUGAUGACAAGCAAGCAAAAACUUUCUUUUUAUUGUUUUUUAGCGUCCAGGAAAACCUAAAAUCCAAAACAACAAUGCCCAGCAAGCCAGGCCUCGUGUCAUCUUAACAAACCUCUGCCCCUUCAUGUUUAAAACAACACCACCGUAUAGCUUCAGUCGAACAUGCAGGUACAUAGAUGGAACUGGGUCUGUCAGGCAGAGAGGAGUCGUAUUGUUUUUCUUUUGCCCCUCCGCCAUGCCAAAGAGACGAAUCUGACAGAAAGGUGUUUGCCCUUUUCUCGGGGGCACUGGCACAUACUUCCACUGUGGGCUGAGCCGGAGAAGAGAAGCUACCACUACUUGUGGCAGUGUUUUGAAAUUGUAACCAUGAUACAUUUUUUGUAUAUUAAAUGUAUUGUUUGUGUUGUUCUUUUUUUUUUAUGGAUGUUACGUUUGAAAAUGUCUUAAUUUGGUGUAAUUGGUAUAUUCAACCAAUUUUUAGCAAACAUAUUUUUGUGUAACUUUUUUCAACUUUUUAUAUUAUUUCAAUUUUCCAUUCUGAAUUGUGGGAUAUUGAGGGGCAGAAAAAAACUAAAAACACUAAGAAUAAAAGAAAAUAUUAGAUAUUUAUUUUGAAAUGAAGUUUUUAGAGAUAACUGAUAAUUCAAUUUGAGAAUGAAUAAACAAAUAAAAAAUACUAUUUUUCUCUUAGUGAGCACUUUUUCUCAGAAUCUAUCAGACAUUUCCACAGGAGUGUGUGCAGGAAACAGAAUAGUAUAGAAUAGACACAUGAAAUCAUUUUUGUCUACAGGUUCCUGAUGAGAAAAAAUGUGUAAACUCCUUACCUAUACAUAGCCCCCUAAAAAUGAACUUUUGUUAUUCGUGAAAAAUCUGAAAAAAUUGCAGAUAUUGUACUUAUGCUAUUACAAUAUCAUUUUAAAAUUUCAGGUGGAGCUUAAUGCCAUUUGUUACGUUUUAUGUUUCAAACAGUAUGUUUUGGUUCAAACCAGUACAACUCCUUUUAAUUCAACAAGGUAAUUAAAGAUGACCAUUUUAAGAUCUUUCCCAAAUGAAAUGUCUAUAUUUGAAAGUGUGUAGAGGAAGGAGAUCUUCCUUUUACUCAAACAGCAAGUAUUUCCACAAUCAUUUCUUUGACCACUAACUUCCCGUGUGUUUCGGCAGCAGUGGUUCAAUGCUGAAUUUGGUGCUACUUUGUUGAAAGGACUGCUGUGGAAAGAAGAGGUUCAGGGAAAGCCAAGGUGUAUUUUGUGAAGACACUUUAUAAUAGCCCCAUACUGAAUUUCUACUAACACAGCGGUAGUGCUACUGAUGUGUCCAACAUGAACUAGUGUGACCCUGUGGAAUGACACUCAUAUUUUUGUAACCAGUAUGUGCUGUAACAAUUCUUUGAGGCACUGAAUAAAUGAAUUUUGUCA